GACAUAUCCUACAAACUGAAACUUCCUUUGACCGCAGCUGAGAGGGAAGAGUUAUGUAAUUUCUUUGACCUUCAAGGAAAUGGCUGGUUCCACUAUUUGUCCUUUCUAAAUGCAGUUAAGGGGCUGUCACCGGGCCAAGAGGUCAACCCCUGUGUUUUCAACAUUCACACCAAACGGCUUCACAAAAGGGCCGGAUCAAAAUCGAUGGCUGUCACAGUCUAUGAUUUCUUAACAGAACUGAAGGGAAUU